UUGUCCCCGCGCCUCGCGGGUGUCACAGCGCGGCCACGCCACGGGGGACAGCCCCCCUCCCCACUGCCACCAGCCGCGUCCCCGCUGCCGCUCGCCCGGGUGACAACCGGGGCAGGAGUGGAGGGCGCGUCUCCUCCGGCCGCGGCUGGCACCCUCCCGUGUCCCCUCCGGCCGAAUCGUGUCGCCUCCAGCCGCGCUGGUGGCACCCCACAGUGUCCCCACGGCCGUGUCCCCUCUGCCCCACUGGCCGGGGAUGCGGCUGCAGCUGGGUGGGGCCAUCCCGGCGGUUUUGGGGACCCCCUUCUGCCACCUGUCCCCAUCCCAGUACCCCACGGUGGCUUUGGUGGCCGCUGCCCCGGCGGGCACGUCCCCGCCGCAUCCCUCCGUGCCUCAGUUUCCCCCGGAGCCGGUGAUUGCUCCUUAAUGGUAAAUCCAUACGGGAUUAAUGUCCCCGCACGGGGGGCUGGAAAGGUCACCUCAUCCGUCCUGGGGGUGGUGACAGCGCUCGAUGGCGGUGGCGGGGCUGCGGUGACAGGGCUGUGGUGGCGGCUUCGUGCCUGGUCUGGGGAAACUGAGGCAGCCGUGGCUGCGGGUGUCUGUCCCCUCCACUGUCCCCCAUGGGUGGCUCAGGGCCGUGAGUCUCGUCCCAUGUGCCACGUUUGUGUCCCUGGGUGUGGCUGAUGUCCCCGUGUCCCGCUGUCACAUCCCGCGGCUGUCUCAGGGCAGGCUGUGUGUGACAUGGCUGUGUGUGACAUCCGUGUGUGUCCUCGUGCCACGGCUGUGUGUGACAUCCAUGUCAGUGUCUGUGUCCUGUGUCCUCGUGCCACGGCUCUGUGUCACAUCCAUGUCACUGUGCCGUGGCUGCCUGUCACAUCUGCCAUGUGCCACUUCGUACGUCCUGGCUGCCUGUGUGCCACGGUGACAUGUCACGCCUGUGCCCAUGUCCCGUGCCCGCCUGGCAUUGCCAUGUCCAUGUCCUGUGGCCACACGCGUGUCCCCGUGUCCGUGUGUCCCGCCCGUGCCCCCCCCCCGCCCCGCUCUGUCCUCCCCAGCCCCUCUGUGUCCCAGGCUUGGGACCCUGCAGGGGGACAGUGACAGAGUGCUGGCACGUGUCCCCUGGUCCUGCGUGCCCGUGGGUCUGUCACGCGUGAGGGAGGAGCCACCAGCCCCCCUCGGGCUAUAAAACCCGGGCGGGUGCAGGAGCUGCCGUGUCCCCGGAACUGUCACCCCACUGCCAGGCCCUGCCUGUCACCUCUGCCUCCGCCAUCAUGGUGACGCCCCCGCGGCCGUGGCGCGCGCUGGUGGCCGUGUCCCUCUGUGCCCUGCUGUGCCUGGCGGGCGCGUACCCCCCUAAACCCGAGAGCCCCGGCGACGACGCGUCCCCCGAGGAGAUGGCCCGGUACUUCUCGGCCCUCCGCCACUACAUCAACCUGGUCACGCGGCAGAGGUACGGGAAACGCGCCAGCCCCGGCGCCGCGGUGACGGAGCUGCUCCUGGGGGCCGGCAGUGACAGGUCACGGUACGAUGACGACUCCUCGUGGUGACCUCCCCCCCCCCCCCCCCCCCCCCCAAACCCUCC